CAAGCUAGUGGACUUCUGAUGCUGCGCGAGACUGGCGAAAGAACAGUGAACACGAAACAGUAGAAGUCUGGGUGGAAAAGUUAUUUUUAUACUCACAUUGGUUACUAUAUUGUGGCUUAAAAGGCAGAGGGAUGGAUUUAAGGACGUGCUGGGUCUGUUUAAUCAAUAUAAUUCUUCUCACAGGUUCAGCCUGUGGCCUCCAGAUCACUUCCACUGGUUCUACGUCGAUUGAGAAAGCCAGCGGGGAGAGCGUGAAGUUGGACUGUGAGUUUACUCUAGCUGCUGUUGAUUCGGGCCCUCUGGACAUUGAGUGGAGCCUGCAGCCCUCUGACAACCAGAAAGAAGAGCAAGUGGUAAUCGUGUACUCAGGUGACAGGGCCUUUGAACACUACUAUGACCCUCUUAAAGGAAGAGUCCACUUCAACUCUCCUGACCCUAAAAUCGGUGAUGCCUCCAUGAACAUAAUGUCACUGAAGGCCACAGACACAGGCACUUAUCAGUGUAAGGUGAAGAAGGUUCCUGGCAUCGCCAGCAGGAAGUUCCUUCUUACUGUCAUGGUGCGCCCCUCUAAACCCAGAUGUUAUGUGGAGGGUCCAACUCAGGUGGGAAAGGAUAUGGUGUUGAGAUGUAGCUCUGUAGAGGGCACACAACCUCUAAAGUACAUCUGGGAGAAAAUCACUGGCACCAAACUACUGCCAGCCAUGGCAGUGCUUGAUCCAGUUGGGGGCACCAUGAGUCUAAGGAACGCCACCGAGGCUUCUUCUGGAACAUAUCGUUGCAUGGCUCAAAACAGAGUUGGAACAGAGGAGUGUAUGGUGGAGGUCAAUGUAACACAACCCCCAAACACCGCAGGUAUCAUUGCUGCCGCAGUGAUCUGUGUUUUGCUGGCUCUCAUACUCAUCGCCCUCAUUCUCUUCUGCUGCUGCCGUGCCCGCCACAAGAAGAAAUACGAGAAGGAGAUCGCCUAUGAGAUCAGAGAGGAUGUCCCCCCUCCGAAGAGCCGUGUGUCUACUGCACGCAGCUUCACCAGUGUGGGUAGCCAACGCUCUUCUCUGGGCUCCAUGUCUCCCUCCAACCUACACGAGUACCCCAAGCCUCAGUACGACAAGAUACCCUCUGACGAAUACGAGAGGCCCCCUAGCCACGCCCCUGUUCCCCUGCCCAGCAGAAUGGCGGGCCCCAACCUCAGUCGAAUGGGUGCCAUCCCUGUCAUGAUCCCUGCCCAGAACAGGGAUGGGUCAAUUGUGUAGAGCUGAACAGUCUCCACACUGCCAUUUUGACUCACUAUUAUAUGAAUUGUUCUGCGGGAAUUUGUGAAGAAAAUGAAGGGUCUCUACAGGCUUGGAGAGUUAUGCCGAACUCAGUUGUAUCAUCUGUGAUAUAAUACGAUUUGACUUUCAGAACUUCGACAAACAUAAUAAAAAUCAAAAACGUUUUCAACAGGAUGUGGAGAAAUGUAUGUUUUAUCUGCUUCUGUUUUGUAAAUAAUGCAGUGCAUGGUGUUUUUUUGUUUUGUUUUUUGAGAUAAGAGGCCCAAUCUAAAAUGAGGUGGCUGUAAUGUACUAAGGCACUUGAAUUGUUUGCCUAUGAAAAAUUCUCCAGAGUUUAAAUGAAACUAAUAGCAAUCAAAAUCACACAAAAUUAAAUGUACAGUACGUACAGUAGUUCCACCCAUAAUUCACUAUUUUAGAUGACAACUCCCAUGCUUUUAUGAAAUGUCUUUUAAAAAUAUUUCAAAACCUUUUUGGGGUGACAAAAAUCCAUUUAUGACAAUUAUUAUUAUCUCUUUGUUAUGCUGCAAAGAUUUGCUCAAAGUUCUGCAAAAAAGAUGUGGUUUGGCAUGGAUUAUGCAUGAGAUUUUAAAAUAACAGGAUUUGAAUUUUAAGAUUAUAUACAUAUGUGUGUGUGUAUAUAUAUGAAUAUGUACUUUCUGGAAAUUGAUUUAUCUGAAAAAAAAAGCGAAUACUGUGAUUAACCUUUUUGACCAUUUGGCCAUUUUAAACCUCCGCUCGUGGGCAUCAGAGUAAUUAGUGUACAAAUCACUGAUUGGUUUCUUUGCGCUUAGUUGUCUUAUGACCCCAAACUACCCUUAGUUUUAUUGGGUGGUAAAAUAGGGUUCAUUGAGCAAUCUUUGAAGGCCAACUGAAAUAAAGCACAGAUGUGUCUAAUUAAAGAGAGGCACAGACUUUAUGAAAAGAUCCUAAUCCUAAACCUGUAUUUGGCCAGCAACUCAAAAGAUGGCCGUCUUAAAAAAAUGAAGCUUUGUAAUUGUCAGUUUGAAGUGUUGGUUUGCAGUUUAUCUGUUAGAUGAAGGACAUGCAACAUACUGAAGGGUUUGUUAAUAUCUUACUAAUUUAAACAACUUAAAACUUAAACUUAAACAAUUUAAACUGAAGCUCAUCCAUAAAUGUAUAUAGACUGUUUUGAAGAUGAUCAAUAGUGUAUUAAUUGGGUUUAGUUUGUUGAAUUUGAUAAUUUCUGAAGUAAUUAACCACAGUCAGUCACCAUAUUCAUCACAAUGACCGUCACCAUACGACCCACCUGUCAAGAGAAACAUUAAUUAUCUUUUUGUUAAUGUUCUCAUGGUGUGGAUUAUAUUUUGCCGUGUGCAGGGCCAUCCCAAUAUUCACUAAAUGUGCCUUUUUUAUCUUUGUGUGAUAUGAACUGGUAGCACACACUGAGUGGGUCCACAUCAGUAGUGCAAGUUUAGUAGAUGACCAGGUAAAAAUGACAUGACAAAUGCAUUACUUGUUACAUUACAAUUACAAAGUUAUCAUCAGUUAAAACAUUGUUUAUUAGUGACUAGUUGUAAUAAUUGGAUAUGAACAAUUGGACUGUUUUGUUCGCAGAACCUGGGAACAAAUAUUCCUCUAAAAUAUGUUAUUAAUCGAUGUAUAAUGAACUAUUUUUACCUCUCAUAUGCUGGUUCUGUCCCGUUUUUAAUACUUGUGGGAGGGUGUAUGUAUGCUCACAUCUAUUCACUGUCUCUAUUAAUACUGUAUAUUCAUUGUUGUACACAAAUAGCAGCCUGAUAUGCUUUUUUUCUGAACAGGGUUCUUGUUGAAUGUGUAAAUAUAUUUACUGUAAUUUUAUGUGUGAUUCAUUGAUUGAUUGAUUGCAUGUGUCUUUACAGCUGUAAUGUGUAAUACUGUCUGUUUGCGCUUGUAGACCUCUAAGUCUGCGAAUGUGGUUAAUGAUGAGAUGACGGUCGGUCAAAUCAUUCACCCUCUGGAUAAGGUAUUAUUAACAUAUAUUAAACAUAUGCUGUUGCACCUAUGUUGUCAUAACCUGAAAGCAAACACUAAUGUUUUUCAUGGGCUUUAAUUUCACAAGACUCUAAGAAUAGGGAUGCUGUUACAGGAUCAGUUCAGCUUGUUUGAACAUGGAGACUAAUGUCAGCAAACCUUUACUGCUUGCAGUGUAAAUCUAUUUCCUUCAACUGAAUGAUCUGUUUUUGUUUUUUGUUUGGAUAAGGCCCAUUGGUAUUUCAUUACAUAGGUUAGGCUGAUUAUCUUUACAGUGCCAUUUAAAUAUAUAGUGAAAAUCUCUCUACUAAUAAGAAACAACCAAUGAUAUAAACUGUAGCUGUUAUGUUUUAAAUUGUGUACUAAUAUCACAUAACCUUUUUUCCUAAUAUUUGGUUUGCACAAUAUGUAAAAACCGUAUUUUCUUUAUUUUUGUGUGCUUGUUGUGAUGUAUUUUUUAAAUAAAAAGGAAAA